AUGUACUAUGCAUAUCCAGCACCAACCAGCGGCAACACCGGCAACGUCGGGUACUCCAACACAGGCUCAACAGGAGCAACUUCGACAGCAAUUUCAGGUGCGACCGGAUAUAAUUACGGUGGUGCGACACAAAAUACUGUAAUUGGAUCAACGGGCGCUGCUGGCGAUGGUAGUAUUAAUAGUGGGUACACGAGCUCGAGCGCCACAAUGACUUCAGGUGGUUCGUCGGGAUAUAGUUACAACGCUGGAACACAAAACACUGCUUCAAUAUCUAAUGGAGGCAGUACAUCUAUAGUAUCAGGAUCUAGAGGAUAUGAAUACAAGAAUACAGACUUGCAAACUGUAACCAAUUCAGGAUCUACUGGUUACAGUGCUUCGUCUUCAGGGUCAAGCUCUGUCGUAUCUACCGGUGUCUCAACGAAGGCCCCAGAAUAUUUACCACCUACAAAUUCUGGAGGAGGUAAUAUAGGUAUUAGCGUAUCAUCAAAUACUCAAUCUGGAACAGCGAGUGUUAUGCCAUCUGAUAUAUAUCUUCCACCGACAGUAUCAGUUUCUACGCCACAACUUACUCCAUCCGUGACUGUAGCACAGACCGGGGGCAAUGUUGCACCACAAGUAAGCGGCCCGACACAAACGUAUGUUCCUCCAGUAAGCCCCCCUAGUUCCGCUUAUUUGACGCCAAGUUCUGGUCAGCAAACUUCAAAUGUUCAGAACACCCAAUCACAAGUAACAGUGAUAUCAACAGGCAAUGUGCAAUCCGUACCCACCCAAGAGUACUUGCCCCCGGUAAUUUCCUCUUCUGGAAAGUCUGGAUCUGCUUUUACACCUGCAGCAAAGUAUUUACCACCUGUUUUUUAAGAUAUAUAACUAAAAU